AUGGUGUGCGAGAAGUGUGAGAAGAAACUCGGUACGGUAAUCACUCCCGAUACGUGGAAGGAUGGUGCAAGAAACACCACAGAAAGCGGUGGCCGCAAGUUAAAUGAAAACAAGGCAUUGACCUCAAAGAAGGCGAGGUUUGAUCCUUAUGGGAAGAACAAAUUUGCAAUAUGUCGGAUUUGUAAGAGUUCUGUCCAUCAGCCAGGGUCUCACUAUUGUCAAGGAUGUGCCUAUAAAAAAGGCAUCUGCUCAAUGUGUGGCAAGAAGGUCUUGGAUACGAAGAACUACAAGCAAACUUCUGUCUAAUUGUAUUGACUAUUCUUUUUAUGAACUUUAACUUCUGUGUCUUUGUACAGUAACUUUUCUCUAAAAUCCUUUGUGAAUAUUACUUUUUGGAAGAUAAUACAUUUGCUUGGAAUGAGAUGAGAGG